GGUAAUGAAUGCAUCAUGGCGGCACUUUGGCAACAGGUGCUCGCUCUUGAUGCGAAAUACAACGCUUAUCGCGCCCCAAACAACCCACAAUUUAGAACUCUGUAUAUACGAAGAAGAAGCCAGCUGUUAAGAGAGAAUGCCAAGAGCGAGCGUGACCAAACAGCAAGACGAGACUACCUUCAUAUGCGAGCCCAGCUCCUCACAUCAAGAUAUGGAAGUCCAGCUUUCUCGGAUGGAGGGAGCAUCAGGAGUCGAUCUUUCAGCAUCCGCAGCAAUUGUAAAACCACAGGGGAGAGUUUUGAUUCCAUCACUCUUAGUGAUGGGCGCAAGUACCAUAGACGUCACAUGAGCAGCGGUUCCCUCAAACACCUGUAUGAAGGGCCCAUGAAGAGAGUGUUUGACAGUAUCGAGGUUGUACCUACCAGUGCAGCAGAGGCUAGCAGAGCUAUGGUUGGAGGGAAGAGUCUGUCAGAGAACUAUGCCUUUACCGGUAUGCAUCACAUCUUCGACCAGCACUCUGCUUCAGUUUCAAGUGUGAAGUUUGCCCAUGAUGACAAGUCUAGAGUAGCAUGUUCGUCAGUGGACGGCACUCUGUCAAUCUGUCAACUGGUACCACCACCGGCCACUGUGAUCUGUAUGUUGAGGGGACACAAGGCUGGAGUGACAGAUUUUGUGUGGUCCCUGUCCAAUGAUGUAAUACUGUCUGUGUCAAUGGACGGCACAGCCAGACUGUGGAACGUGUCCUCAGGAUCGUGUAUGAGAAUCAUGGAGGAUGGGACAGGGGCGGAGCUACACUGUUGCCUCUUCCAACCAAUCAACAACAACAUGUUUGUGACUGGCAGUAGCAGAGGUCAUGUACAGGUGAUGAACAUGUCAACAGGUAAAGGAUACAAGGGAGGUAGUAGCAAGGUGACAGGCAGAGUGCACUGUCUGGCGUUUGACUCGAGUGGCCGCAUCUUGUGGGCAGGAGAUGAGAGGGGUUCCAUCUUCUCCUUCACAUUGGAUGUAGCAACUGGUAAACUCACAAAGACACGCAGGAUCACAGUGUGUGAUGGCCAGCCAAUCACAAGUAUAUCGGCGCGAGCAUGGAUCAACCGUGAAGCCCGAGAUCCCUCCCUCCUAGUCAACUGUUGUCUCAACUCACUGUGUCUCUUCAGAAUUAUAUCUAAUGAUGGAGCAUUACAACUGAAGAAGUCAUUUCCUAUCAAACAGAGAACCCAUCACAUCAAGAGUACUUUCUGUCCUCUCAUGUCCUUCAGACAGGGUGCUUGUGUUGUGUCGGGGAGUGAGGACAUGUGUGUUUAUUUCUUCGACAUAACCAAAGAGUCCAAGUCGUGUGUGAACAAACUGCUUGGUCACUCGGCACCAGUUCUAGACGUCUGCUUCAACUGUGAUGAGAGCCUGCUAGCUUCCUGUGAUGCUCAGGGACUUGUUAUAAUAUGGAAGAGGGAGGGGAAACAGGGCAUUUUGUGAAUUAGACAAAA